GUCACUCGAUGAACAUUGGCUGAUGUCUACUUCCUGUUUACAGUAGGCUCGCUUGGUAAACCGGUGUGCAAAGCGAGAAUCUGGAUUUAUUCUUAUAAUUUUAUUUUGAGUUGCCAUCCCUCAGUAUGAAUCCCAUUACAGUGAAUAUCAAGCUGUCAGUGCGGACGUUGACGGGUGCUCUCAGCAUCCAGAAUAAAUCAGCCGUGCACUGGGGCUGGCAGGGAUUGAUUGCCCAAGGCUGUCAUUCUGUUGUCCUGAUCAUUGAUCCUAAAACUGCACAGACCAUACAGGUCCUGGAGAGGCAUAAAGCUAAUGUUGUCAAGGUGAAAUGGGCUAGGGAAAACUACCACCACAGCAUGAGAUCCCCAUACUCUCUGCGCCUGGCAUCUGCAGACAUGUCUGGGAAGAUCAUUGUGUGGGAUGUGGGGAAUGGCACAGCGCGCUGUGAAAUUCAGGAACACUCCAAGCCAAUUCAAGACAUGGAGUGGCUGUGGAAUCAGGAUGCCUCCCGGGACCUGCUGCUAGCUGUGCAUCCUCCCAAUUACAUUGUGCUGUGGAAUGCUGACACUGGGACCAAGCUGUGGAAGAAAAGCUACGCUGAGAACAUCCUCUCCUUCUCCUUUGACCCCUUCGACCCCAGCAACCUGGCCUUAAAUGCAAUAAGGCAUAAAUGUCAGUCUUCUCUACAUGCAUCUGCAUCAGGGCCUGCAAGUGCCGAGUCUGUGACGCUGAAUGACUGCCUGCAACUGUCAUAUUUGCCAUCGAAGCGAAACCACAUGCUGCUGCUGUACCCCCGGGAGAUCCUCAUCCUUGACCUGGAGGUCAGCCAGACUGUGGGGGUUGUGGCUAUAGAGCGCACGGGGGUGCCUUUCAUACAGGUUAUACCAUGUGUUCAGAGAGAUGCACUCUUUUGUCUACAUGAAAAUGGCUGUAUCACUCUGAGAAUCUGCCGCUCCAAUUCUAGUGUGCUGGAGGACACAGAUGCAGACCAGAGUGUUCAGGAGCUGGUGUAUGACCUGCGUUCUCAGUGUGAUGCAAUUCGUGUGACGAAGACAGUGCGACCAUACUGCAUCGUGUGCUGUCCUGUCAAUGAGAACUCUGCUGGCCUCAUCAUCAGCGAUGGCAGGGUGAUGCUGUGGGAACUCAAGGUUCAUGCUGCCAGAUCUAAUGUGCACCACAGCAGCUCAGGAGUGUUUCCUCUCUACUCUCCUGUCUCGUUUUGUGGAAUACCGCUGGGACUCCAUCAGAAAAAAAUACCCGAUCUGUCGCUCGACAGCAUGAUCGGACAGAGCCUGAUUUCAGGAGAUGAACCCCCUCAUGCCCCCUUACAGCAGGAGGUCCAUCUGAAGUUCCUCCUCACAGGCCUGCUGUCAGGGCUUCCACAUCCAUCCUUUGUCAUCCGGAUGUGCCCUCCUCUCACCACUAAGAACAUCAACCACUAUCAGCCCCUGCUGGCCGUUGGUACAAGCAAUGGGUCUGUCCUGGUCUAUAACCUCACAAGUGGGCUUCUGCAUAAGGAGUUAAGUGUGCACUCCUGUGAAGUCAAAGGAAUUGAAUGGGCAAGCCUCACCAGUUUCCUGUCUUUCGCCACAUCUACUCCUAACAACCUGGGUCUAGUGAGAAACGAGCUGCAGCACGUGGAUCUGCCCACAGGCAGGAGCUUGGCGUUCCGGGGUGAGCGAGGCAACGAUGAACCUGCAAUUGAAAUGAUUAAAGUGUCUCAUCUGAAGCAGUACCUGGUGGUUGUGUUCCGGGAGAAGCCGCUAGAGCUGUGGGAUAUCAGGACAGGCACUCUGCUCCGAGAAAUGGCCAAGAACUUCCCUGUGGUUACCGCACUGGAAUGGUCACCUUCCCAUAACCUGAAAAGCUUGCGGAAGAAGCAGCUGGCAGCACGAGAGGCCAUGGCCAGGCAGACAGUGUCUGAUUCAGAGCAGAUCAGUGUGGAAUCCUCCGUCAUAAGUCUACUGCAGGAGGCAGAGAGUAAGUCUGAGAUGAGCCAGAACAUCUCAGCCCGGGAACAUUUUGUGUUCACUGACACGGAUGGCCAGGUGUACCAUCUGACCGUGGAGGGCAACGCUGUGAAGGAUGGUGCCAGGAUCCCCCCAGAUGGAAGCAUGGGCAGCAUUGCAUGCAUUGCGUGGAAGGGAGACACCUUGGUUCUUGGGGACGUGGAUGGGAACCUGAACUUCUGGGAUUUAAAAGCCAGGCUUUCCAGGGGAAUCCCCACACACCGUGGGUGGGUGAAGAAGAUCAGAUUUGCUCCAGGGAAAGGCAAUCAGAAACUGCUGGUGAUGUACAAUGAUGGAGCUGAAGUCUGGGACACCAAAGAGGUACAGAUGGUGAGCAGCCUGAGAAGCGGCCGUAAUAUGAACUACAGGAUCCUGGACAUAGACUGGUGCACCUCUGACAAAGUGGUUCUGGCCUCUGAUGACGGCUGCAUUCGAGUCCUGGAGAUGGCAAUGAAGUCGGCAAGCUACAGAGUGGAUGAGCAGGAGCUGACAGAUCCCCUAUGGUGUCCAUAUCUGCUGUUGCCCCGGGCUGCCCUCUCUCUCAAGGCCUUUCUGCUGCAUCAGCCCUGGGAUGGCUCCUAUACACUGGACAUCUCCCACAUUAAUUAUACUGAGAAGGAAGAGGUUAAACUUCAAAUGCAGGAACAGCUCAAUUCUCUGUCCAAUGAUAUCAAGGGCAUUUUGCUGGAUCCUGAGUUUAAUCUCCUGCAGAGGUGCAUACUUGUGUCCCGGCUCUUUGGUGAUGAAUCGGACCUCCAGUUCUGGACAGUUGCAGCCCAUUAUUUGUAUGCCUUUUCCCAGGGGAAGCUCCUGAGUGUGCCCAGUCAAUACCAGACUGAAAUGACACAGGACAAGUUGGCUGGCCACCUUGACAUCUGUUAUGACACGCUUUGUGAGAACUCCUAUUUCCAGAGAUUCCAUCUGGAGAGAGUGCACUUGCAAGAACUGAAGAGGUCCAAUUACGAACACACCAAGAAAUGUGCAGACCAGCUCCUCCUGCUGGGCCAGACCGAUCGUGCAGUACAGUUGCUGCUAGAGACCAAUGCAGAGAAUGCCAGCUACUAUUGUGACUCACUGAAGGCCUGCCUGGUCACCACCAUCACCUCCUCCGGGCCUUCACAGAGCACCAUCAAACUGGUAGCCACCAACAUGAUAGCUAACGGGAAGCUGGCAGAGGGAGUGCAGCUGCUGUGUCUGAUAGAUAAAGCAGCUGAUGCCUGUCGCUAUCUGCAGACGUAUGGUGAAUGGAAUCGUGCAGCGUGGCUGGCAAAGGUACGCCUGAAUUUCACUGAGUGUUCUGAGGUUCUGAAACGCUGGGUGGAUUACCUGUGCUCUCCACAAAUCAACCAGAAGUCCAAGGCUGUCCUGGUGCUCCUGUCUCUGGGCUGCUUCCAGAAGGUGGCUGAGAUGUUACAGAGCAUGAGGUACUUUGACAGAGCUGCACUCUUUAUUGAAGCUUGUCUGAAGUAUGGCGUAAUGGAAGUCAAUGAAAACACAAAUAAACUGAUUGGCACUGUGUACACUGACUACGCCAGGGUGCUAAGGGCUCUGGGCCUGCAGGAGGGGGCUUUGCUGUGGGCCUCACGGGCUGGAGGGGCAGGGGAAGAUCUCAUGGCCGAGCUGUCAGACCCCUCCCUUGAGGUGGAGAAGGAGGGAUGAAAUUAGAGGACUGGCAAUAGGGAGGCAUCUGGUCUGACGUCACCAACAGGUUCCCAGCAUGUGGAUCACUCCCAUGAUCCACACGCUGCAGCCCCUACCCCUUUCCAUCCAGGUGCACAGCACUUCUUCUUCUCUUGUUUCUUUCUAGUUGAUUGAAGGAAGCGUUAUAUGAACAGAACCAUGUGCAUUAAUACAAACAUCAGAGGAGUUUGUCAGAGUUUAGGACACGUGUUGAAAAGGACACGUUGAUCUACUUUACAAUAGUCAUGGCUGACUUGUCCAAUUGUCCAAUUAAGCAUUGGAGUGUUGGACUUAGUACAGCUAUUCUUAUGUCCACCUUGCACAUGCACCUGUGCAUUGUCUACCCCUGUCUUACAAGCUCUAAAUGAACAAACAGUUAAGAGUUUUUCUUAAUUAACAGGUAACCAAAGAAGUUGUAUUCUCUUUAAGUAAACCUAUAAUAGAGGUUCUUAAAAAAGCUUUGUCAAAUACUAAAUUUAAUGUGUUGUAAAGGAACUCCUUUCCAGCAAAAAGAAACUAUAAGUCAAGAAAAGUUCUGCUGGGACCUGACAUCUGGAGUGCAGACUUGGGGUGAAUUGGUAGUGUGGAGUGUAGUUCCUUGUCAAAAUUCACAAUGUUAUCAGUGAAAUAUUGGAUUUGGAAUCAUUCUUUAUAUCAUUUUUAGAUAUAUAUUUCAGAUUUUAAAACUUGCUCUAUAAAAAUCAGCAAAGAUCAGUCAGCUCAUUGACACUGAACCCUCCCUGCAGAACCACUCUCCUCUCCUACUUCUACCUUUUAAAUAGUAAACUGUUGGCCUUGAAGAUUUGUUGUAAAUACUUGAAAACUCUGUUUAGAUUUGAAUUGUACAGAAUAAAGCAAAAAAUGUAUGCUCCUGGUAAAAUUUAAUUUUAGGCAGGUGGUUCAAUUAAAUGCUUUUCUAUGUGCGUUCUGCAGAAUCAGUGUAACUACACCUGUAUUUGUUAUACUCUUAAGGGUUAAACUAAUAGCACAUAGCUCUUGUGUGUCUCUGAUUAGUGUGCAGAAGCAUUCCAAUUAAAUUGGGGUGUAUAGAACCAGAUAAAUUAAUGUAUGCACUGUGCCGUCUCCAAAGGAAAACCUUGGCCAUGACCAGGUCUGAGCAGCCACAUGUCCCACUCUCUCUGUAUGGGGCCGAUGCUGAGGGCAGGGUUACCAUUUUCAUAAAAAUCCAUUCUGCAGGGUCCUUUUUGCAUAUCAAGAAAUACAUUUGUUUUCUUCCAUUAAAUGUUUCAUUUAGUGACCGAUGGAUAUAUUAACAUUUUAUCUAUGGAGAAACUUUGGCUUUGUGACUUGUAUAAUGCUGUUAUCUUGGGAUGUUUGUUAAUAUGAUAAACAAUGCUCUAACUAUUUGUUGCGAUGUCUUUAUAUGUCCCUGCAAUUAAUACAGAACAGAAAAAAACAUAAAACUAACAUUUUGUUGAAGCCAUUCUGAGAGAACAUGUUUUAUAAGGUUUAAAUUUAAAAAAAAAUAAUUAAUUAGGAGUGGCACCAUGGCACAGUAGUUAGCAUUGCUGCCUCUCAGAAC